AUGGCACGGGUACAGGUCCAGGACAAAGCGCCAGAUGGCGGGUGGGGUUGGGUGGUUGUGGCAGCCACUUUCUUUAUCCAUGCCGUGCUGUAUGCAACAUGCUUAUCCUUCGGCGUGUUCUACGCAGAGUUCCGUGAGGUUUUCCAGGAGGGUGCCGGAAUUACUUCCUUCACCGGCUCUAUUUUAGUGGCGUGCCUGCUUGUGUGCUCUCCCUUGGCCGGUGCCCUGAGCAACCUGACCAGUUGCCGCGCCGUCAUCAUCGCAGGUAGCGUCAUUUCAGCCGUAGGACUGAUCGUCAGUUUCUUCGCGCAGGAGAUGAUACACCUGUUCUUCAGCGUGGGCUUUCUCACAGGGUUCGGUAUGUCACUGGUGUUGUCCCCGAGCCUAGCCAUGAUUGGACGUUACUUUGACAAGCGGCACGCCACAGCCAAUGGGAUAGCCAUCUGUGGAACUGGUGUGGGCCAGUUCGCUCUUCCUCCGCUCUUCCAGUUCCUUAUCGAUGAGUUCGGAUGGAGAGGGGCUCUCUUGAUCGUCGCCGGUCUGAUGCUGAACGGCUGUGUUUGCGGUGCCCUUUUGAGACCCAUACAUCUCAAGGAAGAUCGCAGAGAGGAACACGCUGACACAGAGACACACAACAGUGAUGAAACACAGGCGAAAGGAGUCGCCCCGUUACAUCAGAUCAUGGAAACGUUCGAUGUAACUUUGCUUAAACACCGUCCUUUUCUCCUUUUCGGUAUGUCCCUACUGUGGACGAUUCUCGGCAUAUCUAUUAUACUUGUACACCUUGUCGCCCACGCCCAAAUGCUUGGAGUGGGGAAAACGCAGGCUUCUUUUCUGUUGUCUGUCUUUGGUGCCUGUGAGGCCGUCUCAAGGCCAAUAAACGGUUGGCUGUCGGACAGAGGAAAGAUCAGUAAGAUCUAUUACUACGCGAUUGGUCUUAGUGGACUGACCAUAGCUAACAUCGCCAUACCGUUUGCGACAACCUACGUGGGCCUGGUCGUGUGUAUGGUGUUCUAUGGACUUUCGUCGGGAGUUUUUCAACCACUUAUCGCUGUGUUGGUUCGAAAAUACAGCGGAGUUUCACGGAUAUCCGGCGGUCUUGGGUGGAACUUUGUUUGUCAGGGUGUCGCCUUUCUACUUGGACCACCCAUAGCAGGUUGGCUGUACGACGCAACUGGUAACUACGACAUGUCGUUCUACGUGGCCGCCAUCUUCACCUUCCUCUCCGUCCUCGUCUUGCUCCUCAUCCCGUGUUCCACGUCUUCGACAAGCAAGACGCUCGGUUCUGACAUCGGUGAACUUCCAGACCAAACCGCGGAUAAAGCUGUCGUCCUCAAAUAUGUUAAACGGGUUGGCGAUGUAUAGGCUAUAGCUGAUGUCGCUUGUAUGAGAAGUGGUAGCAGAAGUGAUUUGGGCAAAACCGACGUACCGAGAAUUUCAGGAAUGUUCGGCACAGAAUUUAAGCGUGCAUCGGGAGUGGGUGUAUCUUAUUCUAGACCGCAUAUCAGAAGAAGCCAAAUGUUUACUCCAAAUUUUUGGGAAGAAAUAUUAGUUCUGAUGCUUACAGGUGACUUGUUGGUUUACAAGAGUUAAUUCUUUAUUGUGUUGCUGAAUGCAUAUAUAAAAGUAAACUUAUUCCAGUGCUUUUUAUAACGAAGAUACAUUACGAAGGACAUAUCUAUGUUUUUCUUUAUUGCUCAUGUGGACUGCGUUUUUCUGCACAAUAUUAUAUUAGAUAUCAGCCAAAGUGAACUAUUAGUGGUCCCGCACGAAGAGUCACACAGCUAAUUUCAACCUUGGUUAUUACUGCUGCACACAGAUACACUCAAAACGUGCGUAAGAAAAACAAAACGUUUGAGAGUCUAAUGUAC